GUUUAUCUCCUGUCACUCCUAACCCCAGGAGCCCCAAGCCGAGCUCCGCUCGUACCGAGCUCUAGAGCCCGACUCCUUGCCCUUCUCUGGUCGCAGCCGCCGCUGCCGAAGCUGCCACGCGCCGCCGCCGCCGCUGCUGCUUCUCCUCCUCCUCCUCCUCCUCUUCCUCCUCCUCGGUUGCGGCCACUUCCGCCUGAGCUGGACGACCCGAGCUGCUGCCGCUGCUGUCCAGGAGCCUCCAUAGGCCCUCCACUGCCCUGUGCCGCACGCCAGCCUCACGGGAAGCAUGUUGCCCAACACCGGAAAAUUAGCAGGAUGUACUCUUUUUAUCACGGGUGCAAGCCGUGGCAUUGGCAAAGCAAUUGCAUUGAAAGCUGCAAAAGAUGGGGCAAAUAUUGUUAUUGCUGCAAAGACUACCCAGGCCCAUCCUAAACUUCCAGGCACCAUCUAUACUGCUGCUGAAGAAAUUGAAGCUGUUGGAGGAAAGGCCUUACCAUGUGUUGUUGAUGUGAGAGAUGAACAGCAAAUCAGUGAUGCAGUAGAGAAAGCCAUACAGAAGUUCGGAGGAAUUGACAUUUUGGUAAACAAUGCUAGUGCGAUCAGCUUAACCAACACACUGGAAACACCAACAAAGAGAGUGGAUUUGAUGAUGAGUGUCAACACCAGAGGAACCUAUCUUGCAUCAAAAGCAUGUAUUCCUUAUUUGAAAAAGAGUAAAAUUGCUCACAUCCUAAACCUCAGCCCACCACUAAACCUGAAUCCAAUCUGGUUCAAACAACACUGUGCUUAUACUAUUGCUAAAUAUGGCAUGUCUAUGUGUGUACUUGGAAUGGCAGAAGAAUUUAAAGGAGAAAUUGCUGUCAAUGCUUUGUGGCCUAAAACAGCCAUACAUACUGCUGCUAUGGAUAUGAUGGGAGGAGCUGGUGUUGAAAGCCAAUGCAGAAAAGCUGACAUCGUUGCCGAUGCUGCAUAUUCCAUCUUCAGUAAACCAAAAAGUUUCACUGGCAAUUUUAUUAUCGAUGAAAAUCUAUUAAAGGAAGAAGGAAUUAAAAAUUUUGAUGUCUAUGCAGUUAAACCAGGCCACCCUUUAUUACCAGAUUUCUUUGUGGAUGAAUACCCUGAAAUGGUUACCAAGGAAGUGGAAAAACAAGUUAGAACUUGGACAUCUGGUAUUCAGAAGGAGAAAGUUCUUUCAAGUAACCAGUUUCCAGGUAAACGUUCAGAUGCAGCUCCAACAGCAAAAGAUUUGAAACAGUAUCUACAACAACCAAAAUUAGCUGCUGGAGCAGUUGAAGAAACAUUUAAAAUUCUUAAGACAGCUCUCAGUGAAGAUAUUGUGAAAGCUACUCAGGCAAUUUAUCUAUUUGAACUCUCUGGUGAAGAUGGUGGAACUUGGUACCUUGAUCUUAAAAACAAUGGUGGGAGUGCUGGGUCUGGACAGCCUAGUGAACCAGUAGAUGUGGUAUUGACCAUGACCACUAGUGAUUUUGUGAAAAUGUUUUUGGGAAAACUAAAGCCAACAAGGGCAUUCUUAUCAGGGAAGUUGAAGAUUAAAGGUAAUAUGGCUCUAGCAAUCAAGUUGGAAAGGUUGAUGACUCAGAUGAACUCCAGACUGUGAUGGGAAUGGAGUUCUUUUUCCAUAUGUAAACCAUUUGGCCUUAAAGAGUAAAAACUUCAUUGUUUAAAAUACUACUGUUUACUUUGUUUUGCCUAUCUGUAACAUAAAGAAACAUUUGUCAUAGUGAAAAUUUGACUUUUAUGUCCAUAUAACUUGAUAAUUAAAUCUUAAUAUGGUUCUAGCUUAGUUAAAUGGAACCAUAGGGUACUAUUGUUUCUUACAUAUUCCUAAUAGAGAAAUAUUGGAUCUACCAAACCAGCUGGCUGAAUUUUCAUUUGUCACUAAGUAUAGGCCAGAGAAAUUCUCUUUGUUAGGAUUAGGUACAUAAAAUCAUAUUUGAUCUUAUGGAUCAGAAGUCAAAUUGGAUAUCUUUAUAGCUUUAUUCCAGAUACUACAAGCAAACUAAUUGAAAUUGAGGGUUUUUAAAAACUUGGUAUUAAUGAAAGUCUUUGCUGAUAUUUCGGAUUUUUAAAUAGUUAUAUUUUUAAGGAGAUCAUCAGUAAUGUUAACAUCUAAUGAAAUUUAAAAUAUGCUGGGGUUUUUUGUUUGUUAUUAUUGACUUGUCUGGUGCAAAACAUCUACAAAAAACAAUUUAAAUGUAAAUCAACUAAUUGUAAUAUGAGUUAUGCUCACUGUUAUGUGUAAAUGCUCUGAAAUAAACUAACUUUCCCACCUGGUCUAUAUAA